GUUUUUUUCUAGCUCCCUGCUUCAAUCAGUUUCACUUCCUGUUUUCUCCUGACUGAGCUGCUGCUUUCACUCUGAAGCAGGACAGCUCUUCACCUCCGCUCUCCAUCAGCUUAUCACUCCACCACAAGACGAGUGACAGCAUUACCUGCAAAUGGCCCCCCAGUGGCUGAGCUGCAGUACUGCAGUGUUUCUGCUCCUGGUUCACGUCGGCCAGGUCACCACACAGUCCUGUGGAACCCCUGGGAUUCCUGGGAUUCCGGGCACCCAUGGGCCCAACGGCAUAGUCGGUCCCAAGGGAGAGAAGGGAGACCCUGGUGAGGGAGGUCAGCCUGUCAGGGGCCAGAAGGGGCUGCCGGGUCUGCGGGGGCCCCCAGGACGGCCUGGGUUGAAGGGGGACGAGGGUCUUCCGGGGCCUCGCGGUAAUCCAGGCCGGCCAGGGGAGAAAGGACGACCCUUCAACCCUUCCAACCAGCAGAAAUCCUACUUCUCCUACAAACGGGUGAUGUCUAAUGCACCAGAGGUCGACACUGACAUCUUCUUCAACAGACAGAUUCUGCCGGACCUGGAUCAACAGUUUCAAGGAGAAUUGCUGACAAACGGAUCGUUCACAUGUGUCAUCAAAGGCGUCUAUUUCUUCAGUUAUCACGUUUCAGCAAAGAGCAGAGUGUGUCUGAAGCUGGUGAAGGGCAGCGACAGUCACAUGACACUGUGUGACUCAUCUGAAGGUUUCCUGGUCACCUCCGGCUCGGCGGUCCUGGAGCUGGAGGCCGGAGACACAGUCUCACUGCAGGCAACCAAGUACAACAACAUCGUGACGAGCCAGAGCAGCACCAGCCACACCUUCACCGGCUUCCUGAUCUUCCCCACCACCUAGAGCCCCAGCCUCUGAUCCAUAAAAUUAUUGUUAACAACAUCACAGACUUUUUGAGAACAUUUACAGCACUUAAAUGAAAUAUGUGUGUUUUCUGUAAUAGUGCAAAGAUCAGCAGAAUUAAUAAAGAUUGGCUCAAUAGUGGCACUGCUGUCAUACCAGUGUGUUUUCAUGUUUUAGCCAAUUAACUAUAAAGAGUGUGUACAAUAGCCAGUGUUUUUUUUUUGUUAUUUCAGGACAAUAAAUCCCUCACAGUGCACAAUUCACUAUCUUUCAAUUGUUUUAGUGAAUCGUUAAUGUAGGAAAUAAGUCGUGUCCUCCUCCAGUCCCAAGAAUCCCUGAAAGAAGUUUCCAGCAAUUCAUGAAUUCUGCUAACAAGUAUUUUCUGUGUAUCCAAAGUUUGAUAUAUCUUAUUCUUCUGUGCCAUAGAGCUUCAUUUUUGUCCAAAAACUAUUAAAAACAUAUCAAUGAGCCGCACUAUU